AUGUCUGAGACAGAGACUCACGUCACGCACGAGGAAAUCCCCCGUCCCCCCGGAUGGAUGUACAAAUCCUUUCGUAUCGGUCGCUGGCAGACAGGCUGGUACGCCUCGCCUCGCAUCCAGCUGGGGCUCGUGGCUUUUGUCUGCUUCAUGUGUCCGGGCAUGUACAAUGCUCUUGGUGGACUGGGAGGAGCUGGGAGAGCCAGUACCGGACUCGCUGACAAUAUGGCUGUCGCAACAUAUUCCACCUUCGCCGUGGUCGGCUUCUUCGCCGGAUCGAUCGUCAACCGGAUCGGCGUGCGGCUGGCACUCUCGCUGGGCGGCGUCGGAUACGUGAUAUACAGCGUUAGCCUGCUGGUUUCUGAGCACGCCCACGUCGGCGGCUUCAAUAUCUUCGCGGGCGCGUUGCUGGGCGUGUGUGCUGGUCUGCUCUGGUCGGCCCAGGGGUGCAUCAUGCUCUCCUACCCGGCCGAACAGGAAAAGGGCCGCUAUUUCGCCUGGUUCUGGGCCAUUUUCAACGUCGGCGGCUGUAUCGGGAGUUUAAUCCCCCUCGGACAAAACAUCCAUGUCAAAACACAAAAAACGGUCACCGACGGCACGUACAUUGCCUUUAUCGUGCUCAUGUUCUUCGGCAUGGUGCUGGCCCUGUUCCUGUGCGACGCCGACAAGAUAGUCCGCAAGGACGGCUCGCGCGUCAUCCUCAAGAAGAACCCAAGCUGGAAGUCCGAGCUGCUCGGCCUGUGGGAGACCCUGCGCGACGCCCCCUACGUCGUCCUACUGUUCCCCAUGUUCUGGUCCUCCAACUGGUUCUACACCUACCAGAUGAACGGCAUCAACUCGGCCUACUUUGACACCCGCACCAAGGCCCUCAACGGCUUCCUCUACUGGUUCGCCGAGAUCGUCGGCGCCGCCAUCAUGGGGCCCCUGUUGGACUCGAGCCGCUUCCGUCGCUCUGUCCGCGCCCGCAUCGGUCUCGUCGCCCUCUUCGCCCUCACCAUGAUCAUCUGGGGCUGUGGCUACAUCUGGCAGAAGAAAUACACCCGCGCGACGGUCGAGGCGUCCGACUUUGUCUCCAUGGACUGGUCCACCCCGGGCUACGUCGGGCCCAUGUUCUUGUAUUUCUUCUACGGACUGUACGACACCAUCUGGCAAUCGCAGGUUUACUGGUACAUGGGCGCGUUGAGCAAUUCCGGCCGCCGCUCCGCCAACUUGGCCGGCUUCUACAAAGGCCUGCAGUCCGCCGGCGCGGCGGUGAUGUGGUCCCUCGACGCCAACAAGCUGCCCUACAUGUCCGAGUGGGCCAGCAACUGGGCUCUCCUCUCGGGCAGUCUGCUCAUCGCCGCCCCGGUUGCGUUUUAUAAGAUCCGCGACCAUAUCCCCGUCGAAGAUGAGUUGCAGGGCACCGAUGAGACCCUGGAAGAUGUUCUUCCUGUCGGACAUCCGGAGAAGGCGACUGCUUGA